GUUUUUUCUGACAUCUUUCAGAAAUGGAAGCAUAAGAAGUUGUAUAAAUAAUCAGCCACCAGAAAACAUUUAUUGGAAGUAAAAGCGAAAGUUACCGAUUGGGGCCGUUUAUUUAUUAUUUUCUGGCUGUGCAGUAAACUGGUCACGCAUUUGUAGAUUUAUUGAAUUUAAUAAUUUUCUGCAGUUUGAUAAAGGGCUAAAAGGUCGAGUAUGAGUAGAAUGAAUUUUCCUGCAAUAACAGCAUUCUUGAUUGCAUGGGUGUUACAAGGUACUGUGGCUGACGGGAAAUACGGCAAUUAUCAAACGUACGGCAGUCCUGGACUUUUUUAUUACGGGAAUGGCCCGCCCAUGUACAGUUCACCACCGGCAUAUUACGGAUCAUAUUAUUCCGGAAAUGGGUACGGCGAUCCCUAUAAAUAUCCUUCCUCGUACAGUGAUUAUUAUGGCUACCCGGCUUAUCAGCCGAGUUAUGCGGAUGAUUAUGCCUACGCGCCGCCUGCGUAUGAUUAUCCAUCCACCUAUGAUUCGCCCAAAAAAUCUGCUUAUUAUCCCCUUCCCAUAACUUAUUCAUCACCAUCCUACACAUCAUACGAUUCUUACCAGCCGGCGUACGAUUACAAGAAACCGGAUUAUCGCCCUCAAUAUUACGAUGAGAAAUACCAAAAACCCACUUAUGAUUACAACUAUGCUCCGCCGGCGUAUGAGUACAAGAAACCGUCUUAUGACUAUUAUUCGCCACCGUAUGAAGUGUAUCAGAGUCCACCGUACUAUCAGUACUACGAUGCAAAAAAGAAGCCCUACGCCAGUUACUCGUCGAGUUCAUACGAAUACAGUGGAUACCAUCCAGACGAGUAUGCGCGCACUCCGGACAAAUAUCCAAAGGAAAGCUACAGUAGUUAUGACACCUCGUACAGUAAACCUUACGAACGCCGGCAGCAUGGAUCAUCCUAUUAUGGAACUGGACCAUCCUAUCGCAGUCUGGAGGAUUCUGCGGACUCCGAUAACAGAUCGACCAAAACUCAGACUAAGACCAAAUAGGGCAAAAUACAAAAUUGUAACUUAAGCGCCAGCGAUUGAAACGGUAUAAUUACUUAACUUGUGUAUCACAAUACGUACAUAUAGCAAAUUUCAUGUAAACCGUAUCCUUUUUCUGUGCGUCGAUUUAACACCUGCUUCAUUUUAAUUAUGUAUAUAAAUUUGCUUACACAAAUGGGUCCUUGAAAGAAUAAACAAAAUCUGCAACAAUAAAUAAACUUUGGAAUAACAACAUCUCAUAUGCACAUGUAUGUCACAAAGGUCAACCAUAUUAUAAAAAUUACGAUGCCACGUAUGCCACGGACAUAUCAGUCAUUCCCAGACGUUUUGUCGGCCCAGAGAUUCCUUUCAGCGUACACGCCUGUGGUCCAUGUCCGCCGGCAGAAACCUGGGCUACUUUGCACUUGGGCUGAAUGUUGCACAACCCUGUGCAGUCGUCUGUCGAUACGCCCAGGGCGCCAUCCAGGAUAAUGUCACCUUUAUUGUUGGUCAGGGCUUUUGUAUCAAUGUUGCCCAUUCUCGGUGUGAAUUUCUUCUUCUCUACACCCAGCAGCAUAUUUUCCUCCGACCGUCUCUGGAAGAUACAGUCGAAAUUGGCGGGCACUAAACCGCAUUGGAC